AUGUUCUCUUGUGAUACUCUUUCCUCUUCUUGUGUCAGCCUUGAGGCAGCUGGGAUCCUCCGGGAAAUUGCAACCUACCUUGAUGCUAAUAUACACAAUGUCGAGCUAAUAGCAAGUGCAAUUGGUGUUGUGUCAGCAAUCAUAGACAAUGUUCCAUUGGUUGCAGCGACUAUGGGGAUGUAUGAUCUCACAUCCUUCCCUCAAGAUUCUGAGUUUUGGCAGCUCGUUGCGUUCUGCGCCGGAACUGGUGGUUCAAUGCUAAUCAUCGGCUCUGCUGCUGGUGUUGCCUUCAUGGGCAUGGAGAAAGUCGAUUUCUUUUGGUACUUCCGAAAGGUUAGUGGUUAUGCUUUUGCUGGUUAUGCUGCUGGCAUUGCGACUUAUCUAGCAGUUGAAAGUCUUCAGUUUUCAUUCCCAGCAACGGUGGUUCAGAUCCCAUUUCUCACUGGCUCGUAA